AUGCUCUUUAAAUUACACAUUUUCUUAAUUGUUUUGGCAAUUUAGAUAUCUAAAUUAAUAUCAAGAGAACUCAUUUUUAACCCUUAACCAAUAUCAAGCAUUAGAGUAAGUGACAUAGAUAAUUUUACUUCGUUUUAUUAAGACAUCACUGAGGAUAAUAAGUGGGCGUUCCUAACAAGAAUUGAGGGAGGAUUUUGUGUAAUAUCUCUAGAAGAUAUUUAAUAACCUACAUUAGUAAGUAUUGUAAAAGCAAAAGGCGCUUAUGAAGUAAAAGUAAAAAAAAAUUACUUAUUUCUAUCAGACUUAGAGGAAGGUCUUGUCAUUUUUGAUAUAACAGACCCUCCUAACCCUAAAAAAAUAUAUACUUUAACUACUCCAAUGACAGCUUAAUCUAUAACUGUUACAGAUGACAUGAAAACUUUAUUUCUAAUAGCAAGCGGAAUAGUUUACUGCUAUGAUAUAAGCAACGUAUAUAACCCAAUAUUUUUAUCCAAAGCAGGAGUUUAUGCACCCAAUUCUAAUAAAGUAAAACUUGACAGAAAUUAAUAAUUACUUGCUCUUGCCAAUCAUAUAAGCGGUUUAUAGAUAAUAGAUAUAAGAGAUAGAAAUAAUAUCAAAUUAAGAGCAACUCAGUUUACAGGAUCUUCUGCUUGGGAUAGCUAUUUUACACAUGAUAUUUCUACCAUUUACGUAGCUGAUGCUUAUUUUGGAUUGUUAGCAGCAUCCAUAAGUGGUAUUUUAGAUAUUCCUAAAGAAAAAGACGAUUUAUUUUCUUUGAAUUUUAAGAGUGUUUUUUAAUCACCAUAACUAACGAUGAGUAUAGUUAUGACUCAAAUGGGAGAUUAUUUAGUAUUAGGAUUUAGAAGCAUUGGCUUGAAACUUUUUCAAAUUAUAAAUUAAGAUUACUAUUCUCUAUAUUAUAUUUAAGAUAUAGAUGGAAGUUAUUUAUGCAAUAAGUUAAUUUUAUCAUCAGAUGAAAAAUAUGCUUUUGCAUCAAAUGGGCAUUCUCUUGUAAUAUACUAAUCUGACUAACCUUAGAUAAAUAAAGAUUUUCCUAAUUUAUUUAACACCUUCCAAUCAUCUUUAAUAAGUAAGUUUUAAGAUCCUUGGGCAUGGGAAAUUUUCUGCUUUAACGAUAAUAAACACGUUGCAGUCGCAGGUGGUAGUUCGUCUUUUAUAUUUUCUAUUGAAAAUGCUUAUAACCCUGUGCUUCUUUCAACCAUUCCUUCAAUAUAAGGAGCUGCAUAUGAUGGCCUAACCCUAAUAAAUAAUAAUGAACCUUAGAAUCUAUUGUAUCUUGGAUUAAGUGAAUUGGGAUUUUACAUAUAUGAUAUCAGCAACCUAUCUGCUCCAAAUAAAAAAAACCACAUUAUACCAAGUAAUGUUAUGAAUGACUCUGAUGGAGUUUAACUUAAUCAUGAUAAUUCUUUAUUGAUGAUCUCUAAUGGAAGUAUAGGAGUAUCUGUAUAUGAUGUAAAAACUGAUAAAUGGAACCCAAUAUUAAUUGCAGAGUUUGUUAACAAAGGAUAGUAUAUGUGCACUUUUGAAAAGUGUGCUAUAACACAAUUAAAUGAUUAUCUUUUUUGUGCUUGCAGAGAAGAAGGGGUCGUUAUUUUUAAUUUUCAAAACAAAACACUACUUCCGAUGUCAAUUAUUAAAAGAGUAGGGUCAGAAUAUCCUAUUCUAUCUGCUGAUGAAAUUCAUUUAUUUGUUGCUGUUGGGUUUUAAGGAUUGAUAAUAGCUAAUGUUUAAGAUAAGUUAAACCCGAAGAUAGUAAGUACUCUUCCUGUUGAUGGUUGGGCAUAAACUAUACACUUCAUUCCUAUAUUUGGAGAAAAGUAUAUCAUCGCUUCUCAAUUAGAAAAAGGGUAAUUAACCAUAAUUGAUGUAGAAGACUAUGCUAAUCCAUACAUAUUUUCUAUUUUAAACUUCCAAAAUGAAAGCUCUUCAAGUUUUUGCAUAACUCCAGAUAAUAAAAGCAUUUUUAUAAUAGGGAAUGCUGGGAUGAGAUUUAUGCCUCUAUAAAAUGAUAUAAAAAUUCACACUUAAAUCAGCAAAUUAUCAACAAGUUCUAGCGGUAAAGUAUACUAUGAAAUUUUAGACAAGGGAUAAAAAUUAUAGGUAGGUUAGACAGUUUAGAUGGUUUUUGUUCCUUUGGAAUUGAGAAGAAAAAUAAAAUUUACUUAAGUCUACUAUUAUAGAAACUAUGAAAAAAAUAGUUUACCUUAUUGGAUGACCUUUUUGAGUAAUUAGCAAAUGAUACAAAUGACUGUAGAUAAAUAAGGAGCAUUCAAUACUUUUUCAAAUGAAAAAAAGGGAGAAAAUAUUAUAAUUUUAGAAGUUAUGAAAGAAAUAUUUGAUUAUGAUUUUGUGAAUGAUUUGAUUAAUUAAAAUAUGGCUUCUGCUAUUUAUUUUGCUCUCUAAAAUUAAGGGAUUAUUUCGACAUAUAAUUAUCUUGAUAGUAAUUUCGAUCCAAAUAAGUUCACAUAUCUUGACUUUUACACUAGUAAAAUUCCCUUAAAUGCUUCGACUGAUAACUAAAUCCAAGCUUACAUAAAACAAGUUUUAGCUUUCUCAAAAAUUGAUUACCCUAUUAGGUUUUAUAUUGAGAGUUCUCUAGAAUUUAAUUAUAAAUCUUAUUUAUAAGAUCAAAAACCUUUGCUAUAAACUCCAUCUUAUUAAAUUAUUGCUUACUUCAAUAUUAAAUCGUAAGGUAAAUUUAUAAGGAAAACAUUUGAAGGAGUUUUAAGUUCUUUCUCAGAUGAUUUAACUAGUGUCAAAAUUGAAGGUCCAUCUACCAAAGUUAAUGAAAUAGUUUCCAAUAGUUUAUAAAUAGCUAAUUUUACAAACAAAUUUCAAGAUAUUCUGAUAACAGGGAGAAUUUCUGAUUCUUCAAACUAUGAUCUCGAAUUUUCGGAAACAUAUGAUGUCUUUUAAAGCUUUAUUAAAUUAAAUAACCCUGUUACAUUAAAUUAAAAUUUACAACUGCAGUAAUAGUUUAACAAAUUUUAUGAUAAAAGCGAUGUAAGUGUUGAAGCAAAGUUUUAGUUUACUUUUGAUUAAAAUACAUUUCAAGAUGCGGAUGGAUAAUAGCUUACAUUCAAAGCCUACAUAGUUACUGAUUCUAGUCUUGAACCUGUUGAGAUAGCUUAAGGAUCAUCUCAAUGGAUAGAAUUCAAUCCUCAGAGUCUUACUUUUAGUGGAAUGAAAACAAUAAGUUCAUUUUUAACAGCUGAGAGAAUAAAAAUUACUGCUAGCGAUGGUUUUACUGAAGUAUCUGACUAGUUUACCAUUUAUUUUAACUAGCUUCCUUUUAUGUUUACAGUUUAAUUAUUGUUCCAAAUAUUUGGCCCACUAAUUGGAAUAUUUAGUAUUUGGAGAUAUAGAUCAAGCAUUUAUUUAAUUUUAAUGGAAUCAAGCUAUAUGUAUUCAAAUGAGACUGCAAUAGCUGGGGAACUGUAUAGAAAAUAAAUAGUCAUAUUUGAUAAUGUUUAAGAUAAUGCAAACAAAUUGUGGACACUUUAUAAAAAAGAAAAUUAAAAAUUCUUAAAUGAAAUAAAACAGAUGUAUUUAAAAGAAAAGAGCAUAAAUAUAAGCGAAAUCAUGAAAAAAAUGUUUUAAACAUUUGAAAAAAACUAAAAGAAAUUCUCUAGUUUAGAUCCAAGAGAGUUUGAUUUUGAUGAAAGCAGGCUACUGAGAGUAAUAAAGGGAAAAUUAAUUAGAAUUUUGCUAAAUGAUGACAAAGAAACAAAAUAAGUUUUGAAAUAUUUAAGAAAAUAAGGAACAAAAUAUUUUUCAAAAAAUGAUUGGUACAAAAGAUAUGUAUCUAUAUAACCUACAUUUCAGGCAAGUAAGUAAAGGAUGCUUAACAAAAACUAAAGCAAGUUAUCUAGUUCGUAAAUAGAUAAUCAUACAGAUAAAAUUAAUAAUUAAAUAUAAAACGAUGAUAUAGAAAGAAAUAAUUUAAUUAAUGAACAAGAAGUAAAUUUAGAAACAUAUCACAAUGUGUACAAAUUAAGAAAUAAUGAUAAAUCUGAUGAAAUAUAAGAAUAUAAAAAUUUAAAUCCUUUUCCUGUUUUUUAAGUGUAAGAGCAUGCAAUAUGCCAAGAUGCUGAUACGAUACAGAAGACUUAGUUUGAUAUUUAUCUUUUAAAAGAAUAUCUUAUUAUAGAGGCUUCAGGUAUAGAUUAAAGAACAUUUUCACUUAAUCCAAGCAAAGGAGAGUCAUUAAUACUUUAAUCGCAUUAAAUAAGCAAUAUUUCAGCUUUUAAAAAAGAUAGUGGGUGCUGCAUGGGUUUUAGAAGAUUACUUAAAGACGAUUAUAGACCUAUAGGAUUAUCAAUAAAUAACCCACUUCCGAAAUGGCUUAAUUGUGAAAUAAUAGAUGGUGUUAUUCAUAUUUGGGGAAUACCUAAAGCAAAAGAUGAACCUGAAAUAUUAAUCAGAAUAGUUAAUGAGCUUUAAUUUACCGUAUUCAGCUUUUUAAUCAUAAUAAAAGAUAAGGAAGGAGGAGAAUUAAGAGAUAAAAUUUAUGUGAAAAGUAAAGACUAGUAAAAUAAAAAGUUAAAAAAUUAAAUAGAUACUGAUAGUUAUAUCAAAACAAAAAAUAAUUUAGUUUAAGGGAAUAAAUAAAUGAAGGAUGAAAAAUACAAAACAAAAAUAUAUUAAGAAACAAAUUCCGAAACUAAUUCACAUCAAAACAUAUUUUAAAAUACUCUAAAGUCUAAUCAAAAUUUAUACAUAAAAUAAAUACCCAUUUAAGAUAUUCAAUAAAUAUUUUCAGUUUAUUCUGCUAGCAGAAGAGAAAUAAAGGAGGAAAAAAAUGAUUCAAACGAAUAAAUAAGAUAAAUUAUCAAUCAGAAAGAUAUUAGUGUAAAAGAACUAAACCAUUCUAGAGAAACUAUUCCUGAUGAGAAUUAAUCUCGAUUAUAAAUAGGAACCCAACACACUUAAAACUGGUAGUAAUAGAAUUAGUAAAUUUUGGAAUCAAAAGAGAACCUUCACUAAUAUAAAACAUACAUAAAUCAAGUCCAAUCCACUGAAGAUAAAAUUUAAAUUAUGUCAUAAAAAAAAGAUUUAAGCAGAAAAAAUAAGAACUAAGCUUUAGACUAAAACUGUUGA